AGUGCAAAAGAUACGGGUAAUUUCACUAGUCUCCUCCUCAAACCCCACGGGGCGGCGUCCCGGAGUAGUUUCACUUUUGAGUUAACUUCCUCACUGGGGUCUCUGAAAGCGGCAGCUACUGAGGAGACUAGCAGCGAACAUGUGACUGCCUGCUGUGUGGUGAAGGCAGCAGAAAACGUCUAUGUCAACGUUUUCUGGGCGGAGGGAUAUGAGAGAAGAUUUCAAGACCUGUGGAGGCCAGUGGCAGCCAGUGCAUUGAACAGAAACUCAGGUGAGGUGUAUUUCUAUCACUGUGGGAAAAUUCUGGCUGCUUCAUCUCUGCCUCUAGAUCCAGUGCUGGAGCUUUUCAGGAAAAGCCAUGGCUUCAUCUGGAAACGCCAAGAAGAUGAGGGAGGAAGCCACCUGCUCCAUCUGCCUGAACCUGAUGGUUGAGCCCGUGAGCGUCAGCUGUGGACACAGCUACUGCCACUUAUGCAUAGUACGCUUCACUGAGAACGUACGCCUCUUGCAACCAUGGCUGGGGACAUUCUCCUGUCCCCAGUGUCGGGCUACAUUUCAAAUGGCAAGCCUCCGGCCCAACAAGCAGCUGGGAACCCUCAUUGAAGCCAUCAGGGAGAUGGAGCAUGAAAUGUCAUGUGAGGAACACGGAGAGAAGCUCCACCUGUUCUGCGAAGACGAGGGCCAGCUCAUCUGCUGGCGCUGUGAACGGACACCACAGCACAAAGGACACACCACAGCUCUUGUUGAAGAUGUAUGCCAAGGCUACAAGGAAAAGCUCCAGGAAGCUGUGACAAAAUUGAGGCAACUGGAAGAGGAAUGUAUGAAUCUGAAGGUGUUCACAGAAAAGCAAAUAACCGAAUGGAAUGAGAAGAUAAACAUUCAGAGACAAAAAAUCCAGUCUGAAUUUAAGAAUCUCCAGAGCUUCCUGCAUGAGGAGGAGAAAUGUUACCUAUGGAGGCUGGAGAAAGAAAAAGAGCAGAUUCUGAGGAGACUGAGGGACAAUGAGGCCAAUCUGGGACGGAAAAGCCAUGAACUUGAGAGCCACAUCCUGGAACUAGAGGCAAAAUGUCAGGGCUCAGCCCAGAAUUUGCUGCAGGAUGUGAAAGACACUUUGAGCAGGAGUUGGGCUGUGAAGCUGGAAACACCAGAGGCCCUCUCUAUGGAGGUUCAUACUGUGUGCCAUGUUUCUGAGCUUUACUUUGAUGUGAAGAAAAUGUUAAGGCGCUAUCAAGUCAGUGUGACUCUGGAUCCAGAUACAGCUCAUCAUGAACUAAUUCUGUCUGAGGAUCGGAGACAAGUGACUCGUGGAUGCCCCCAGGAGAAGCUUGACACUUCCAGGAGAUUUACUGCCUUGCCCUGUAUCCUGGGCUGCGAGGGCUUCACCUCAGGAAAACAUUACUUUGAAGUGGAUGUGGGAGAAGGAACUGGGUGGGAUUUAGGACUUUGUAUGGAAAACGUGCAGAGGGACAUUGGCAUGAUGCGGACGCCUCAGUCUGGAUUCUGGGCCAUCAGGCUGUGCAAAAAGAAAGGCUAUGUUGCUCUUACCUCUCCCCUAACUUCCCUUCAUCUGAAAGAGCAGCCUCUGGUGGUGGGGGUUUUUCUGGACUAUGAGGCCGGAGUUGUAUCCUUUUACAACAUAACUACUGGCUCCCACAUCUUCACCUUCCCAGGGACCUCCUUCUCUGAUACUCUCCGGCCCUAUUUCCAGGUUUAUCAAUAUUCUCCUUUGUUCCUGCCUUCCCCGAAUGAGUAAGGGAAGGAGCAGUCUUCUGUUUGGUUUAACAUGGAGAAUAUAAUGUAAAUCCCCUGUGGGCAGAAAUUUGGUCUGUUUUCUUCAUUGUUAUUUCCCUGUACCUAGAAUAGUGCUAGGCUUUUAGUGGAUACUUAAUAAAACUGCUUUGAAUUAAUGGAUAUAAAGACUGUAAAAAUACCACAAAUGGUCAGCUUGAGCUGGAGGAAAGCAAGAUAACAGCAGUGAUCAUACAUUGCGCUGUCCAUCCCUCUUCAGUGGAUUCAGAACUAUGAUUUGCAAGAGUCCUUGGGUGAUCAGAAGAGUGACCCAGAGAUCGGGAGGUCUGAGUUCUCCCAGUUUGAUGCCAUUGAACUCAUGGGUGGGGGAUGAGGGAAAGCUGCGAUUGUCUCUGCCAACUGCAGGAAAGAGCAGGAGAAUCAAAAUAGCAGUGACUCUUUUAACCACUGACAUGUUGAUUAAUAAUCUGAGCCGCGCGACUGACAUAGUAAGUGCAUAUGGCAACCAGACCUAGUGAGCUCUGCCUGGGCAGUAACCAAAAAAAGUGUGAGAGAAGAGUUAAAAGUGGCUUACAGUGAGAUGCUUCAAAUAGGGAGGAGACUAAGAGUAAAAAUGAAUUUUAAUGGGAGACUCAGUACUGGAAAAGAAGUUGGUAUUUUCAGUACUGGAGUCAGCCAUCUUGAAAUAGUUUAACAUCUCAGUAAAUAGUUGUUGCUGGCAUGAUUGUUGGCAGUCUUUAUUAUGAUUCAGAUAUGAUCAAAUAGGCCUUAAGUAUACAUGGAUUUAUUUUGGAAAGUACAUUCCAUGUAAAACCUAAGUUAUUAUAGCUGAGUUGGCUAAUGACAGGACCGUGAUGAAGUCAGCUGAAACACAGACAACAUUAAUGCUGACCAAAAAAUGUCACCAAAUUGCUAGAUGUUAUCAUAAUUUAUAGUUGAUAUAAAAAUUGACGUUUGUUGAUGUUAAAGUCUUCUGAGAUUAUCUUUCUAGGAACAGGGGAAAUAAAGCAGAAGAGUUGUUUUUGGAUAUUGGAGGCAUGGUUGGGCCUCCUCUCCACCCAGAGGAAGACACAGAAGAGGUGAGACUAUCACCCACUCUCCCCAGCAUUGUAAGCUCUCCUAGUCAUGCUGAUAGAGGCUAAAUGUAACUGGAAAGUAAAGGGUAGCAGAAUAUAUUACCCCAAAAUAUGCCACUUUGGCAUAAGAAAGAUUUUGAACUGAAGGCAAUAGAGAAAAACAGAAACAAGAAAAGCUCUCUGCCUCCCGCUAUUUACCUAAAAGCAGGACAUAAAUUUGUAAAGUUAUUCCCCCACCCCUCUCUACCAGAAAGGACAGAAGUUAAUCACGAGAGACAACUCUAGAUCCUUAUCAGCCCAGAGACUGCACUAGAAUAAUCUACAUAACAAAUCUUGCUAAUAUAGCCCUUAUCUACCACUACUUUCCCCAUAUAUUUGCCUUCCCACAAUUUGCUGCCUUGAAAGUCAUUUUCCUUUGUCUUGUCACUUCUCUAAAAAUCUGUUCUUUUGUUAAGAUGCUACAGAAGCCCAAGUUCUAACCACCGCUUCAAGUGACUCAUCUCUGAGUGCUCCCACGUGUAUGCAUGAUGCACAUGUGUCUAGGAAAAACUCCCUGUUUCUCCAUUACUCUCUCACUGCUGUUACUGAAACCAAAGUGGAUUCCCUCCUGGCAAGUUAAAUCAGACUCUCCACCAGAAGUACUUGUCUUACAAAGUAAAGUAUAUUUGGAGCAAAUAGGAGACAAUGAAGAAUCAUUUCCAGAGUCAUGGUGUCCCCAAACAAUGGGAAGCAGGGACACUUAUUUCGGAUGGGGAAUGAAUAUUCAAAAGGGAGUGGUGGGUAUACACUGCAGGUUACAGUAAUAAGGCCUAAGCUCCCCCUGGAGAGAUCUUAGCAUGAAAAAUAAGGCACAAGGCAUAGCUUUUGCCUUAAAAGCUUAAAAAAUGAUCGUAGGCAUAGCGCUUAUGGUAAGGCUUGGUCUGGUUCAGGGUGGUUGGUGAUUGUGAUGAGGAUUUUUAGGCUGCUUAAUUUUAAAACAGUUUAU